AUGCCUCUAAGUCUUGGUCGUUUCCUUCCUUCGGUCGGGGUCCAGCCGCAAGGUCCUGUUCGUGAUACUCCGACGCCGACUCCCACACCCUCGGCCAGUCAGACCCAACGCGCACGUCCGAUGCUCGGUGGAAAAGGCGUGAUUGGUGGAGGCAAAGAGAAACAUGGGCUUGGAGGGAAGGGACUAGGCAAAGGUGGGAUGAAGAGGCACAGGAAGGUGGUCAGGGACUCGAUCCGUGGCAUAACGAAAGGGGACAUUCGUCGUCUAGCACGGAGAGGAGGCAUCAAGCGGAUUUCAGGGACUGUAUACGACGAUACACGCCAAGCAAUGGUGGAUCGCUUGAAGACUAUCCUACAAGAAUGCGUGAUCUAUCUGGAUCAUUCCAAGCGCCAGACUGUGACUGUGAGAGAUGUGAUAUUCGCUCUCAAAAGGCAAGGCCGCCCUAUCUACGGCUUCGAUCCGAAGUAUUAG